GUACACAUUCACCAUUACCUUUACGUACAUUCAUUCAUUUAUUUAUAUAUGCUUAAUUAGCCGCUGAUGCACAUCUACUUCAAAACCAUGAAGCCUUUACCAAUGCUUAGUUUGCGAUCUUCUGCUCCACGCAAUACAGGUCUCAAAUUGAGAAGAAGCACGAAAUCGCAUGUGAAGAGGAGGAUAAUAAAGAGGAAAAUAAGGCAGUUAAGAGAAGAGAUGGCGGAGAUUAGCAAAGAGCAAAGAUGUAUUAGAGAGGGUCAAAGGAGAGUGAGAGAGAGGCUUGAGGAGAACCAGUCACAGCGCGAGAAGCUGAAGCAAGAAACGGAGCUCAUUGCAAAGGAUAGCAUUAACAUCCAAAUGAAGCUAAAUUUGAUGUUCGGAAUCAUAAAUGCAAGAGCUCAAAAGGACUCCGCUUUGGUUGCUCGACUUACCUGCUCUCUCCGGUAUUUGAUUUCCGAGUAAAACCAAUGAAAAUUGCUUUGACGAUUAUGAUGGACAAUCUUGUGGCGUAUGCAAGCCUAACACACACACACACACACACCAGUAAUGUUAUGAAGGAGUUUUAUGUAUGGAUAUGGUAUGUUGAAAAAAGCGUGAACUAAAAAUAAAAGAUAAGUUUGAGUGUUACAUGUCAAACAAGUAUGAAUUUGAUUUAGUAAGAAAUGUAAAAGAUUAUGUUUGUAUUGUAAUAUGAUAUUAAAUUGUUAUCGAGCUUACAUAAAUUCCCUA